AAUCAUGCUUUUUAUUGAUUCUAGGUCCUACACUCUCUAAGGAGGAGCUGCGUAUGCUCACAGUGGGAGAGAUUGUGCAGGAGCUCAUCAAGGCACAGAAAGAAGGGCGUGAUGUGAAUCUGAAUAAGCUGAAGACACGAAUAUCGUCAAAAUAUGGACUCUCCUCAUCGCGGCUGGUGGACAUUAUUGCAGCAGUGCCACAAGAACACAAGAAAGUCCUCCUUCCUAAGCUGCGAGCAAAGCCUGUCCGAACAGCUUCCGGGAUUGCAGUGGUUGCUGUCAUGUGCAAACCCCAUCGCUGUCCACACAUUAACAUGACUGGCAACAUAUGUGUAUACUGUCCUGGUGGUCCAGACUCUGACUUCGAGUACUCAACACAGAGCUACACAGGCUAUGAACCCACAUCAAUGCGAGCUAUUAGGGCUAGAUAUAACCCAUACCUUCAAACAAGACAUCGUGUAGAGCAGUUGAGGCAGCUUGGCCAUAAUGUGGAUAAGGUUGAGUUCAUUGUGAUGGGUGGCACAUUCAUGGCCCUCCCAGAAGACUACAGAGAUUAUUUCAUUCGGAAUCUCCACGAUGCUCUUUCGGGACACUCGUCUACCAGUGUCGAUGAAGCUGUAAUGUACUCGGAAAGGAGCAACACAAAGUGUAUUGGUAUUACCAUUGAGACCCGUCCUGACUACUGCCUGAAGCGACAUCUCUCAGACAUGCUCAAGUAUGGCUGCACCAGAUUGGAGAUAGGAGUCCAGUCAGUCUAUGAAGAUGUUGCAAGGGAUACAAACAGGGGUCACACUGUGAGAGCUGUUAGUGAGAGUUUUCAAUAUUCCAAGGAUGCUGGAUUUAAGGUUGUGUCACAUAUGAUGCCAGAUUUGCCCAAUGUGGACUAUGAGAGAGAUGUAGAACAAUUUAUUGUGAGUAUUAAAGGCUAA